AUGGAACCAGCUCCUGAGGCGGAGGAGGCGCGCACAGUGCGUGAGGCUCUGAGCCGCUAUGAGGCGGCGCUGGAGGACGCGGUGCGCGCUCUGCACGAGGACAUGCAGGGACUGCAGCGCGGCGUGGAGCGGCGUGUGGCCGAGGCGCUGCGUUUAGCCGGCCCGCUGGCGCGCACCGUAGCCGAGCUGCAGCGCGAUAACCAGCGGCUGCAGUCACAACUCGAGCGUUUGACGCGCCAGGUGGAGGCGCUGGGCUUGGCAACCGGGCUGUCCCCCACGACUGGCACACCCAGUCCCCCUCCCGCGUCCCGGGUCCCUGAUCGCGCACCCCGCCUGGGCACUGCACGCUACGCCAGUCACGCCACCUUCUCAGUGUCUGGCCGCAGCCUGAGUGCGGAUCAUGACGAGUCCAGUGAGUUGGAGAUGAGAAGAACUUCAAACCCAUGCAUCGUUGAGAAUGGGCACCAACCGGGGGCAGGUCCAGACAUUGGAUCCCCGGAGGCUCCCCAAACCUUCCCGGCCCCAGAGCCGCCCCGCAAGCCUCGCCCUGUGAGCCUCUCCUUGAGGCUCCCUCACCAGCCGGUUACUGCUGUCACCCGAGUCUCCGAGAAGUUCUCCGGGGAGACCCUGGCUCUGUCACCUACAUCUGCUACUGUCCUAGGGGGUCUCACUACGAGCCCCAGUGACGCCACCACACCCUGGACCCCCAGCCCAAGUGAAAAGAAUUCCACUCUCACGUGGUUGAACUCUGGCUAUGGACCAGCAGCGACAGGCAGGAGCAACAACAGUCCUCCUCUGGUGACAUCACCCCAGUCACCCCCAUCCCCACAGCCACCAGCCACAGCUCAGGCCCAUCGCCAAGGGGAGCGGCGCCGGGAGCUGGUGAGGUCGCAGACGCUGCCCCGUACCUCAGGGGCACAGGCCCGGAAGGCGUUGUUUGAGAAGUGGGAGCAGGAUACAGCGGCCAAAGGGAAAGGGGAGACGCCGCGGGCGAAACUAAAGCGCUCCCAGAGCUUCGGAGUGGCCAGCGCCAGCAGCAUCAAGCAGAUCCUGCUAGAGUGGUGUCGCAACAAGACUCUUGGUUACCAGCACGUGGACCUGCAGAACUUCUCCUCCAGCUGGAGUGAUGGGAUGGCCUUCUGUGCCCUGGUGCACUCCUUCUUCCCUGAUGCCUUCGACUACAAUGCGCUGAGCCCCACGCAGCGGCAGAAGAACUUUGAGUUGGCCUUCACUAUGGCUGAGAACCUGGCCAACUGUGAGCGUCUCAUUGAAGUAGAGGAUAUGAUGGUGAUGGGCCGCAAGCCGGACCCCAUGUGUGUCUUCACCUACGUGCAGUCGCUGUACAACCACCUGCGCCGCUUUGAGUAA